AUGGCUUACCGUCUUGUGAUAGCCUCCUUCGGGAUUCUUUCCUUGCUGGGUCUGUGCGACGCCGGCCACCACGGCCACCACCAUAAAAAGGUCAUCAUCCACGUCCCCUUCAAAGUCAAGACCAUCCACCACACGCACACUAUCGUGAAACAUGUGGGCCACGGGGGUGGCGGCGGCGGCGGCGGCGAGUACUACAAAGGCGGGUUCGGAGGCGGAUUUGAGGGCGGUUUCGGGGGCGGACAUGUCAGUGAAGGGAUCGGCGGAGGGUACGGCGGACACAGUGAGGGGAUCAGCGGAGGCGGCGAUAUAGGAAACAGCUACGAGAGCUACGGAGGAGGAGACGGAGGUCAUCAAGGCUACGAUUAA